AUGGAAUAAUAGAAGGUAUAAUGGAACCCUCGGGAAAGGAAAGAGGCUUACACACUUUUUAUUCAUUUUACUAGCUAAGACUAAGCAUAAAUAGAUGAGCAUCUGAGCUAGCUAAACACUUUGGAUUUAUUGAAUAAAGGAAUUAAGGGUGGCAAUACCAAUUUGCUAGUUCUAAGAAAGGAUAUUACUUGUCAAGAGUAGAGUUAGUAAUAGAUUUAGCUGUUUAAUGCUUUAACUUGUUUGUCACAAUUAGAGGGAGGUUUAAUGAAAGGUUAAAAUGAACACGAAUAGACAGUUAUUGAGAAGAAUUUCUUCAAAGUUUAGGUUUAGGAUAAUAAGCAUGCAAAUCUAUUUCAUUAUGGGGGUUUAAAUGUAAAGGUAAUCUCUAAUUCACAAAAUAUCCUUGAUUAAGCCGAAAAAUACAGUAUAUCUAAUGUACUUUUUAAUCAGCAAGACAUAAAUCAACAAAUGGUUACAGAUGGUGACAAUCAAAUUCACUUAAAGCUAGCAUAUUUAGUAGACCCUUCAUAAAGUGAUAUCUAAUCAAUUUUGACUUUCAUUGACAAUAAAGAAUAAUCUGAACCAAUUUUUAGAUAUAUUGGGAUAUACCCCCAAUCCAUUCAGUAAAAUCAUUUAAAACCAAAGAAGUAUGAUAUUUUAGAAGGAAUCGCAGCACCAUAGUCAUAUGUGAGAGUAGGAAGUAUGAUUUUGAAUGAGGAGUCAGAUAUUGAUUAUGAAAAGGCUGUACUCAUUACUGAAAUUGAUGAAGACUAUCAAAGAAGGGAUAAGUUUGAAAAUUUGGAGUAAAUUCAAAGUGAACUAAAGACAGAGUUAGGUAAUCCAUUCUUCUAGAAAUAUCAGCUGGCUGAUACUUUUAUGAGAAAUAUAGCAUUCAAAUUAGGGAAAUUAGAGAAAUUCGGAGCUUGA